AUGUUAAGCCAAGGAAUAUGCGUGGUGUCAACUGUCAAGUCAUGUAGAAUGUUGAUGUCUGCUUCUGAUUCAAAGCAUGAGAAUGUUGAACUUCUGUUCCCUCCAGAGGAAGCAAAUCCUGGUGAAAGAAUAUGGUUUGGAUCUGAAAAUGAAAAGGACAAUCAACCUGGAGCUGCCAAACCGAAUCAGAUACAAAAGAAAAAGAUAUGGGAACUGGUGCAGCCUCAUCUUAAGACAGGUGUUUCUUGUACGACGAUGUUAGGUGACCAUGUAAUGCGUACAUCUGUAGGCACAGUGGCAUGCCAGUCUUUGCAAAAUGCAAAUAUCUCCUGA